AUGUCAGGCCUCGCCAAGCCCAUCCCGGCGCUGUAUGUGGUCUAUGUUCUGCGCUCUACCGUGAGGCAUGCAUCGAUAUACGUCGGAUCCACGCCAAACCCGCCCCGGCGGCUCAGGCAGCACAACGGCGAGGCCAAAGGCGGCGCCGCACGCACGUCACGCGACAGCCUCAGGCCGUGGGAGAUGGCCGUCUUGGUCUCUGGAUUCCCGAGCUCCAUCGCAGCUCUGAAGUUUGAAUGGGCUCUGAACAACCCGCAUCUUACUACUCAUAUACCAAAAGAGGAGCGAAUCACGGUGGCUACGUCGCGGAAAAAGAGUGGCAUGCCCAGGAAGGCGCCGCAUAGCCUCAAGUCCAUCGUGUCGAAUCUGCACCUCCUUACGAGGGUGCCGAGCUUUUCACGGUGGCCGCUCAACCUGCAUUUCUUCAGUCAGGACGCUCACAGCGCAUGGGAGCGCUGGACACGGGCGAGCGAGAUCCCCGUUGCUCCGGGCUUGAAGAUAUUGACCGACUUUGGGCCAUCUGCGAGCAGCUCGUCGACGACCCCAUGGGGGAUUCACGCCUUGCCGCUGGACUACUCUCCGAUGCACGAAUACAUCGAGAAGGCGCACGACGCGGUCUCUUUUGAGAGGGAAGGGCGAUGCGUUCAUUGCAGGGCGGAGAUGCAGCCCAGUAAAGGCCUGUACGCAAUGUGCCCCAACGACGGCUGCGAGGCCAUGGGACACGUCGACUGCUGGAGCAGGCAUGCCCUGGCGGGCGACGAUCCAGGGGUCGUUAUACCCAACGGCUGCAGAUGCCCGUCGUGCGGCGGCGAGAUACGUUGGGGGGACAUGAUGAAGGAGCUGAGCUUGCGGACGAGGGGGGCUGGCGAGGUGGAGAAGCUGCUGAGGAAGAAGAAGCGGGCGAAGAAGGAUUCGUGA